GGCGGAACUGUUGGGUCCGACAGGGAAACUACAGAAAGGCGAGUAUUUCCAAUAAAACGAUGGCUGCGAUCAGAAAGAAACUGGUAAUAGUCGGCGAUGGAGCCUGUGGCAAGACCUGCCUCCUCAUAGUGUUCAGCAAGGAUCAGUUCCCUGAGGUCUAUGUUCCUACGGUGUUUGAAAACUAUGUGGCAGAUAUCGAAGUGGAUGGUAAACAGGUGGAGUUGGCUCUGUGGGACACAGCGGGUCAGGAGGACUACGACCGGCUGAGGCCUCUCUCUUAUCCGGACACAGACGUCAUCCUCAUGUGUUUCUCCAUCGACAGCCCUGACAGCUUAGAGAAUAUUCCAGAGAAGUGGACUCCUGAGGUCAAGCACUUCUGUCCCAAUGUGCCCAUCAUUCUCGUGGGAAACAAGAAAGAUUUGCGAAACGACGAGCACACGCGGCGAGAGUUAGCUAAAAUGAAACAGGAACCAGUGAAGUCAGAAGAGGCGAAGGAGAUGGCCAACCGGAUCAACGCCUUUGGCUACUUGGAGUGCUCAGCCAAGACGAAGGACGGUGUAAGGGAGGUGUUUGAGAUGGCCACCAGGGCGGCGCUGCAGGCCAAGAGGAGAGGCAAGAAGACCGGCUGCCUCCUGUUGUAGAGUGUCUAGUCACUCAGGUUAAGGGAGGUAAGGGGGGGAAACUAACCCGUCCAACACAAACGUUUCUGUCUGCUUUGUCACGAUGGCGGGCAGAAUUCAGCGGGGCCUUUUUUAGGGAUGAGGGAGAAAAGUCAAACCAACCCGAAAGAAGAAAAAAAACUGCAGAAAAGGGGAGAAUAUACAUUUUUAAAUCCAUGGUUACAACUUUUAGUUUCCAAAUAAAAAUACCUUAAUCUUGUUUCAGCACUCAUUAGGUCUGACAUUAGGCGAUCACAGACUGGAGUCGGCUCUGUUCUUUAAGGACGGUCUCCUUCAAGCUGAACCACAGCUCUGGGGCUGGUGGUUGAGACCAGCAGGGCACCAUCACAUGAAAGCCUCCUUAAGACUUGUCUUUUCAUUUAUACCCUACUAUUCUGUAUUUUUUUUUCAUUUUCCUUCGUAUCUCAGCAACUUAAAUUCACACAAACCUGCUUUUGUUUUUAAUGAACCUCCAGUGUUUGAUCCAAAGUUUGAUUAUUUGUUUUUUAACCUACAUGCACGAUGGUUAUGAGACCAACUUAAGGCCAAUUCAUGCUGACUGCAUCCAUGUACGAGUAAAUGUCCAGCCAAAUCCGCAAGCAGCCCAGCGUUAGUGAUGGUCUGCACUACCAGAAGACUCUCCCUCAUCCACACCUUUAUAAGUUAUCGAGUAUAAAGAUUUAAUUAAAGUAGUGGAGGAGCUUUGUUUGUACAUGUUUUUAUCGAUGGAGCCCAAAGGUGGUUGUCAAAACUCCUGUGCUGCGUUGACACACUUCAGGAGUAAUCACUGAUGGGGUGCUGCAGAGUCAGCUGCUGUUUCCUUUUGUGUUUUUCUGUGUUCCAUCUGAGGGGAAACGCAACAGCUCCAUUGAAGCAUGAACAGAGCUGCUGUGCACACGGACGUGGAAACCAUGAAUUGGCGUUAAGUUGAGUGUUUGACCUGAACUUCCCUUUCAAGUCAGAAAACGAUGUGAACACUGUAUUCAGUUUGGUAUUAAAGAGGUAACAAAAGUGUAUUAUCCUCUAGACAGUUUUCACACAGGAGCAGAGCCUUAAUUUAUCUCUCAACACAGAGGAUCAGAACGUCAAAUAUAAUCAUUUUAGACACCAGACAAGCGAGUGUGUUCCAUCAUGCGCCUCUAUGUUUUCAGGUAUAACACACAUUUCCACAGUAUAAAUACAUGACAUCAGACCUGCACCCUGUUCCGUUAAUCUGACGGCAAGUUGCGGUUUCACGUCUGAAAGCGCACCCUGGUCAACAUGGUGCCAACAAUCGAUUUCAGACCCAGUGACAAUCCUCUUUCACUGCCAACACGUCGCAUUAACGGCACAAACAAGUCGUCUGAAGGGAUUUAGGGAAGCAUUUUUCCACACUUCAGUACCAAAAUUAGUCAAAAAACAUCAGAGACUGUACAGUUGGUUUGCCAAAUUCAAAACACACCUUUCCUCACUCGUCAAUCUAAUCAGCUACGUGAUUAAAUGUGCAUGAAAGUGCAGCUUUACUGCGACGAGAAACGUUUAAACAGUUUGUUGAUUCCAGCUGUUUAGAACUUUUCUCUCUGAGGGUUUUAAAUACCUGCAGCAUCAGACAGCAGAAGGAUCCACAUGAUAACGCCAGUAAAUUCUCAUAAUAACAGCUACUUAUCCCAGAGAGAGCACAGAGACCAGAUCCGUCCAUUCCACAAUCAAAUGGCAAAUCACACCGUGUCGGCCUACGUGUCUGAAUCACAGUUUAGUUUCCAGCUGUUAAAGACUAUUUUUGGUUAUUGCCUGUCACCUGCAGCAUCGUAGAAUCGACAAGUAUCUCCAAAGAGAGAAAGAGCUGCAUCCCUUUAUAGAAAUUAUUCCUGCCACGGAAAAGGAUCGGUCUAACAGGUCAAAGAUCAUCAGGUGCAGCUAAAUAGUUUGUCAUGUUGCAGAACUUUAGCUUCAGCUGUCAGAAAUAAACUGGGCUGGUAUUUAUUUGGACACUUGGCUACGCUUUAAUUAGCUUAGUCUGUUAUCGCAUUACACAUCACACGGUUUAUCAUCUAAUCUCGCAUGAAUGACUUUCAGUAAGCAAAAAAAUAGUAGACAAGCGAUUUUACUCUGCAGACUAAAAGAUGGUCACAGCUUAUGGUGCAAUUUUAUUUAAAAAAAAAACUCUGUCCCAAACAGUAUGCACUAAGAAAAAGGGAACGUAUACGACGAACAGUCAUGGAAAAAGAUGCAAACUGGAAGCAACCGGUGAAGGAAAACAGAAUUUCUCUUCAGGAAAUGUGCUGAACAAGAACUGUGGAAAUGUGCAUUAUACAGAAUCCUAGAGUGACACAUGCAGCUUCAGACUCUCUCCCGUUAUUUAAAGCUUUCAUUUGAACAUUUAGCAUGUACCCGUGUUUUAUUUUAUCUCCUCUCACAGGACAACUAUUGUUUUAUUUUUUCCGCUUCGUAUGUUACUUUACCUUUAUGUGACAGUCUACUGGCUAACCUUGAAUUAUUUGCACACAACAUAAAGGUCAGUGUGGUAUACACUUUAGAUAUGAUUCAAAACGCAACUGUGGGCGCUUAGUUGCGAGAGAAAUGUCCUUUUGCAGACAAAUAUAUGCUCACAUUUCUCCAGCUGUCUUUUUUUAAAUGUAUUCUAAAGGAAAUAAACUUAACAGAAUGAUGGAAUUUUA